UGCAGCUCCAGGAGAACGAAGGGGAGGCCUCAUGAACUCGAGCCCGCCCGCGAAACUCAGCAUCGGCGUCCCGCCCGCGCGGUCCCUCUCCGAGAGCAUCGCCAUCAAGAAGGAGCCGGAAGACGUCUCCAUGCGCAAGGACAGCAUGGGCUGGAUCUCGGACGACUUUAUGGGCAUGAUCAAUCACACACCGCCGGCCUUCUCGCCCGGCAGCUUGACGCUGCCAUCGACCAAGCGGAAUCGCAGCGGUAGCAUCUCUGGGCGUCUGCUCAGUGCCUCGGACCUUGAAGAGAAGGGCUUCAUUGACAGAUACCAAAAGGGCGUCUUGAAGGACCUCAUCAUCAGCGGCGACGAGAAGCUGCAAAAGGCCCUCGAAACGUUCGAGCAAGGUGACCCGACGGCGCUUGAAGCACUUCUCGACAGCGGCGCCUUGAACCGCAAGACGUCGGUCGACUUGCUCGACGACCUCGACCUUGGCUUCCUCAACGUUGGCUCGCUCGGCGACACGCCCAAGGAAGAGUACACGGCCCGGCAAACGCUCGACGAGUGGGAUGAGAUUGGCUUUGAGCCCUUCUCGGAGAUUACAAGCCGUGAUUUAUUGGAAGCGGGCGACUUUUACUCGUCGUCGCUCGGCAACUCGCUGCCAAACUCGUUGCCCUCGAUGGGCAUGGGCAUCACGCCGCCCAACGCCUUUAGUUUUGCAGAUGACUUUCUGGAUCAGUCCUCCAAGCUGUCGAGCCCGACGUCGAGCGAGAACGUCAAGGCCGAAGACGGCAACGCCAGCAUGUCGACGUCGCGGCCGAUCGGCAUUCCUGGCUCGGCCGCGACACAGCCGCGGCUCGGCGCGUCGGGGUUCAUUGGCGGCAUGGUCGGUCUCGGCGGCGGCCUCAACGACUCGGAGAAGAAGGCAUUUGUGGGCGCGUACUCGCCCGAGUCGCGGCGCAAGCGCGUCGAGAAGUUUCUCGACAAGCGGCAGAAGCGUGUGUGGCGAAAGGAAGUCAAGUACGACGUGCGCAAGAACUUUGCCGACUCGCGCCUCCGAGUCAAGGGCCGGUUCGUCAAGAAGGAGGACGAGCAGUUGCUGCGCGAGUUGCUUAGUUUUACCUAGUCGUGCUUUGAACCUCAUGUUGUUGUCGUUGCGGG